AACUGAUUUUAUAUUAUUCAUUAAUCGUUUAUUUCUGUUUAAGCAAUUGAUUGGAUUACUUUAUAAACACAGUUGGAAUUUGUUAUUUGAAUGAAUUCGAAUCAAUUCAAUACUAUAAGCGUCGGCCAAUCACAAUCAAUUCACGUGCUCUGUUUUGUAAAGAGUGGGAAGAGAAGUAAUUGGUCUCUUUCGAACUAACCUAUAAUAUUUGCAAUGAAAUAGUUAAAGUAUAAUAAAUACUUUGUACGCAUGUUACCAAUUCGUCAACUUUUUUAAAGUUAAAUUUAUACUAAUUAGUAUAAUAUAUGUCAUAUAAGAAAAGAAUUUGAUAUUAUUAGCAAAAUGAUGGCGAAAUAUAUGUUACGUCCAACUUGUAUCUUUGGAAAAUAUAUCCAGAAUAAUUCACCUGUAAUGUUAAGUCUUAUUUUGUACCCUCAACAUUCUUCAAACCAAAUCAGAUAUAUAAAGAAACACUGGAAUCCUAAAUAUAAGAGAGAGAGGAAAGCAAAAGUUAUUAAAGUAGAUCUACCUAAUUUUCAUGAGACUGAUAAAGAACUGGCUAAGGAGAAAAGACGUUCAUUAAUGAAAGAAUAUGGAGUGUUUCCACAAAAAGAAUGGGUGGAAAGACCAAUAUUCAUCAGUUGCACUCCUAAUGUAUUUGAUUCUUAUGUACCACCCGAAGGCGAUGGAAAAUUCUCUACAAUUACUAAAGAGGGAGCAAUGCAAAAAAUGACGGAUGUAAAGAUGAAAGGAAAAUCGAUGAUGGCUAUUAGAAAAAUAAAGUCAUUUCAAGAUACGUUUGUAUUAAAAGAUUUCCAUCAAGAAGCUAUAGAUAUUUAUAUAAAGGCGCAUGAAGCCUUAGCUGCGAAAGAUACGGAAGCUUUGAGAGAAUAUGUUACAGAGAGUGCUUAUGCCAAAAUGUUACACAACAUUAUGGACAAAACUAUUCAUUGGAAAUAUGUGCAAUCUUUAGAACCACAUCGUAUUGUACAUGCAAGAUGUAAUGAGAUGCUUUCUAAGGAAAACGUCUUUGGACAAUUAACUCUUCGUAUUCAUAGUCAACAGAUUUUAGCUGUCUAUGAUAGGUUUGGACGUUUAUUGAAAGGAAGCGAAAUCUUAAAAAAAGAUGUUCUCGAAUAUAUCGUAUUUGAAAAUCAUUUAGCAAACCAAUAUGGAAAAUGGCGUCUUCACGCAAAGAUUAUACCAGAUUGGAUGCCUCCAAGAGAAGUAGGGGAGAAAACAUAUAUUUUACCACCAGAAAAUGUUACAGUUCCACCUCCUGAUCUAUCGACAAAAUCGACUGGUACUACAGAUACUGUAGAAACUACUGUAAAUUGAUAUUUAUUGAAAGCUAAUUGUUGUUUCAUAAGAAAUAGUAAUCCGAAUCCUUCUUUUUUAACGAUAUCAUAAUUUAUAUGAAUUGUGUAUAUAUAUAAUUAAUAAUAUUAAUAUACAUAUAUAUAA